AUGGGUGAUAAUGGAUAUAAAAUUGAUGAUGAUGUGGGAAAACGAGGAGUAAACGAUUCGAAUCUACCAUCAUACAAGCCACCUCUUGAAGACAAUGAUGAAAAAAAUAAAGAAGAUGUUGAAGAUAAUGGACCAAAGCGAGCAGUGUGGGGCAAUCAAUUAGAAUUUCUUAUGUCUUGUAUUGCCACUUCAGUUGGUUUGGGAAAUGUGUGGCGAUUUCCCUUCGUAGCAUACCAGAAUGGCGGCGGUGCCUUCCUAAUUCCAUAUCUUAUUGUCCUGAUCUGUAUCGGCAAACCAAUGUACUACUUGGAGUGUCUACUAGGGCAGUUCAGUUCAAGAAAUUCGGUCAGGUUUUGGGCACUGGCUCCGGCAAUGAAAGGCGCCGGUUACAGCGCGAUAUUGGGUUGUGCUUAUAUAUUGACUUACUACGUAUCAAUCGUGGGGCUGUGCCUUUAUUAUUUGUCAAUGAGCUUCCAAUCUACGCUCCCAUGGAGUGUAUGUGCACCUGAGUGGACUGACUGCAUUCCUUCUGAUCCUAAUCAACCAGCAACAGAAGUAUCGCCAAAUGCUAGUAGUAGUGCUGAGCUCUAUUUUGUCAAAACGGUACUCCAGCAAAUCGAUGGAAUUGAGGGUGGCAUAGGUGCUCCGAUAUGGUACUUAGUCUUAUGUCUACUUGCCUCGUGGUUCAUAAUAUUCGUGAUCGUUUCACAAGGAGUCAAGAGUUCCGGUAAAGCAUCCUACUUCUUGGCGUUAUUCCCCUACGUUGUGAUGAUUAUUCUACUAAUUACCACAGUGAUUUUGCCUGGAUCCGGCGAUGGUAUCCUGUUUUUCUUGACACCACAGUGGGACAAACUUCUCGAACUUAAUGUUUGGUAUGCCGCCGUAACUCAAGUUUUCUUUUCUCUCUCUGUGUGUACUGGUGCUAUAAUUAUGUUUUCGUCAUAUAACGGUUUUAGACAAAAUGUUUACAGGGAUGCUAUGAUCGUAACAACUUUAGAUACUUUUACCAGCUUACUGUCUGGUAUCACGAUUUUCGGUAUCCUGGGUAACCUGGCGUACGAAUUAAAUCGGGAGGUCCGGGAUGUUGUUGGAUCUGGAGGAACUGGACUUGCUUUCAUCUCUUACCCCGACGCUAUCUCCAAAACUUUCUUACCUCAGUUGUUCUCCGUCUUGUUCUUCUUGAUGAUGACCGUUCUAGGCGUUGGUUCAGCUGUAGCGCUGUUGUCUACCAUCAACACUGUAUUCCUGGAUGCAUUCCCCAAAGUUAGAACUAUUUACAUGUCAGCCUUUACCUGCUGCAGCGGUUUCUUAAUCGGUCUAGUUUACUGUACUCCAGGUGGUCAGUACAUCUUAGAAUUGGUGGAUUACUAUGGUGGUACUUUCUUGGUUCUCUUCUGUGCUAUCGCGGAAGUCGUUGGAAUAAUUUGGAUUUACGGAUUAGAAAAUUUGUGCUUGGAUAUCGAGUUUAUGCUUGGGAUUAAAACUUCUUUUUACUGGAGGUUUUGUUGGGGAUUAAUCUGCCCAGUGAUGAUGACGGUGGUAUUUAUCUACGCACUUCAAGGAGUAACAAAUUUGAGAUUUGCCGACACAUAUAUAUAUCCACCAGCAGGUUACGCGGCCGGAUACGUAAUGUUGUUCGCUGGUGUCUCUUUCGUCCCUAUCGGUAUCGCAUAUACUUUGUAUAGAAAUAGAAGUGGAAACUUCCUUGAGACCAUCAGAAAGUCGUUUGCUCCCAAGGCAGCCUGGGGUCCUAUUUCACCCACUGAGAAGGCAGGUUGGGAAGAGUUCAAAAGAGAGGCUAAAAUCCAUAGGGAAAAUGUGGGAAGCAGUUGGCCCGGUCACAUUUGGCGCAGUUUAACCGGUUUAUACAGACGAAAAUUGUAA